AUGAACAAUUGUGCAGGCUCAUCUCCCUAUGCAUCGACAGUGACUAUCGAUAUGCGCAUCCUGUCCAUCCAAUCUCACGUAGUCUCUGGCUACGUCGGUAACAGAGCGGCCACAUUCCCUCUCCAAUUGCUAGGCCAUGAUGUAGACGUGAUCAAUACAGUCCAAUUGUCAAACCAUACAGGCUACGGCCAUACCAACGGACACAAGACCACCCCCGAACAGCUUAACGCGAUAUUCGAAGGGCUACAAGUCAACGGGAUAGACAAGUAUGACCGAGUUCUUACUGGGUAUAUACCCGGCGCAGAGGCUUUGCGGAAAGUCCAGGGCCACAUCCAGCGCUUACAACCCUCGAUCUACCUCCUGGACCCCGUCAUGGGAGAUAUCGGUACCGGUCUCUACGUCUCACCUGAUGUUGUACCGGUGUAUCGCGAGAUGCUGGGGCAAGCAACAAUGAUAACUCCGAAUCACUACGAGCUAGAGUUACUCUCAGAAACAAAAAUCAACAACCUUCACGAUCUAUCAUCCGCCUUGAGAAUCCUUCACGACAAGCACAAUCUCGAACAUAUCGCGGUAUCAUCGAUUUCACUUCCGGACCAAAUACCGGAUCUCCCGUCCCCUCCUUCCACCUAUACCGACCUGCUCGACCGCUCCUUAUCUGCAUCGUCAGAGACCCUUCUCUGCUUUGCGAGCAGCCGGAAGGGGGAACUCGUUGCUUUUGCUCUGCCAUCCCUAGAGGGGUACUUCAGCGGCGUCGGCGAUCUCUUUUCGGCUCUGGUGCUGGCGUUCUACGAGGACGACUUUGCUGGGGCGGUCGGACGCGCUCUUCAUGUCGUCCAGGCGAUUCUCCUUGGCACGGCUGCUGGUCGCUUCUCAAAAGAAGUGACCUCACUAGGAAGGGGAAUGAGGGAGAGGGAGCUGCGCAUCGUCCAGGCCCAAAGUCAUAUCCUCGCAUCGCAUAGGUGGCCCGGCAGGCGAGUAGAUACAUCGGGGUAG